CUCAGCCCAAAAUCUGUACACGAAAAAUAAGCCCAUUGAGAAUGGCACACCCUCUUUACCGUCACUCAGGAGAUACUGAGGGAGGGGGGGUGCUCUGAGUUCCUGGUCCUCCUAGCCUCGAUUUGGCCGGACACGACACACUUUCGGAUUUACAGAACAAAAGCAACAACGGACCGAAGGGGGUAGGUACAGUAAGGAAACAAUUUCAAACAAUUAACAAAUCGAUUAUUUAAUUCUAAAGGCGUAUCAUAUCAAGUAUCAGUUUGGGUCUCAACUUGAGACCGCUACAAAGUUCUAGAAUUGUUUCCGAAACGAGAACCCGUUUUGAGGUUCGACGGAUAAAUAAAGCAUCAGGGUCAGACAAACGGUAUUGUUCCCCCGUUUUGUUCUCCAACUUCAGCCAUUAACAAAAGAGAAGAUUGGGAUAUUUUGUUUUCACUUUACCCAACUCCAGAGUGAAGGGGUGAAGUACACGAUUCCGGUGUUUCUGCUGUGCCUCACUGCCUCUGUCAGGGGGGGUCAAACUUGAUUCUGAGGACUGACGACUUGAAGGGAAACAAGGACGACGGAACAAAGCCAGUGCUGGAAAGGACUGGAGUGACGGGCGGUGACAUCACCGAUGGCAACACAGGUUGACCGUAACAGGAGAAUAGGACUGGAGGUAAACAUGAAGGAGUCAUCCCAGUGUGAUGUCACAUGGACAGAGAAUGAAGGCAAGCAUGCCUCCCUGCAUUUCUCCAAGACUUCACACUAUCAGAUCACCAAUGGAAAGAGCAAUCUAUCCUCUGACCCCAGUGCAACAGACAGUGAUGUAAGUGAGGGCAGAGAUGGGGGUGUUAGUUUCAGCACCAACCAUAACUCUGUGGUGUGCCUACCUUUGGUCUCCGAGGGCCUGAAGCUAGUAUGGACACAGUCAGAUCAGACACGUGAGCUUGACACCAUCCCAGAGCUGGUCCAGGCAUUCAAUGUGUUCCCAUACCCAACAUCUCGUGAGGUGAAUGCCUUGGCACGGCUCUGUGCCCUGCCUCUGGACAAAGUCAAGGUCUGGUUCAUGGUGCAGAGAAUCAAAUACGGUAUCAGCUGGGCCUCAGAGGAGAUUGAGGAGACGCGUCGCAAGUUGGCCGGACCUGAGCGGACUAACGACAAUGCAAAUGAGAAGGAGAUAAAAAUGAGGAAUGGGUGUGGGGAAAUAUCUGUGGAGGCAGAGGAUGAUGAUCAAAUUAAUAAUGGUCUUCACUCCUAUCUGCUUCACCCAAGAAAACGAGCCAGACAUGAGACCCCAGAACCCUGCAAACCAGCCGCCACUGUCCAACAUUUCAGUUCCUCUCUCCCACCCCCGCAGGAUUCAUACUACUACCGCCCUCCAGUGGACAUGCCAGCAACUACCGCAACUGAUGCUUCCCUGAGCCUCUCUGAGACCUCACUUGGCUCUCCACAGCAACAACGCGGACGCUACAAAAAGACCAAAGCCCAACUUGCAGUCCUUCGCAGCAGCUUCCUGCGGGAAAACUGGCCCGCAGAGACUGAGCUCCGACGCCUGCAAGAGGAAACCAGCCUGAGCCGCAAUGACAUCCGCAAGUGGUUCAGCGACAGCCGGUACCAGCUUAGAAAUGGGCGUGGACUGCUUGGAACAUCCAUGGUCUAUCCUCAGUUGACCACAGGAGAAGCAAAGAACGAGUCUCAGCAACUUCGACCUCUUCCACUCGUAGCACACAGGCCUCGGGAUCAAGAAAAUGGUGUUGAAAUGCAGGGAAGGGCUCAAGAGAAGGGAGCUCGCAGCAACGGGGUGAAAGAUUCACACUUCUUCCAGAACUUUCUGUCAAACAGCUUGGAGGCAUUUGGGGAGGGAGCAGUGGGAGUGGAGGCAGAGGAGGACGAGGUUGCGGAGGAAGCCUCGGUUCACACUGAAACUGUUAAGGAAGAGAACGAGGCGGUGGUGAAACAAGAAAAGCCUCUACACUUUAGGGGCAGUAAGAACCCAGAGAUUAAACAACCACCAUCAGCCGUUACCAUCUCCACUUCCCCUCCCCCCUCUCAUUCUACCACCCCUUCAACUUUGACCGCUAAUAAGCGUAGUUCUACUAGCACGGUGCAGAGGUCUGCUCGCUCAGCCAAAGCCUCACUGACAGCCCUGUCUCUCUCCAGUCCUUCCUCAUCCUCAUCUCCUCUUCUUACACCCGCUGGCCGACCACGGAAAACCAAGGAACAACUGGACAUACUAAAGGAGCACUUCUUGCGUUGCCAGUGGCCUAAGAGUGAGGACUACACCCAGCUGGUAGAGCUCACAGGCUUGCCUCGUGCAGACGUCAGCCAGUGGUUUGGGGAUACGCGCUAUGCUGUUAAAAAUGGUCAGCUACGUUGGGUGCAGGGGGUCCGUGAGCAAUUCCGAGAGCAAUUCCUGGCUGAACUAGCCACACAGCAAAAUGGCAGUGGUGGAAACGGUUCCAGUGGAACUCCUCGGGUUACGGGUAGCCGCAAACGAAAGUCUCAAGUGAAUGGCGCAACAGCACCAACAUCCACUGCAGAUUCCCCGGACAUCAAUCCGCUGGAGGUUUACCAUCGCUCGACAGGGGUUCUUCAUGAGAAAGACCUAGAUGCCCUUUGCAAAAAAUCACGAAUGAGCUACCAGCAGGUGCGGGACUGGUUUGCAUCUCAGGAGAGCAAGGCAUUUGACCCAGAGCCCAAUGUUACUGAUUGAGAAGAGGAACUUGUGGAAUGGUAGGGGUUGGAAAAUAGCAGUGUCUCUUUUUUUCCCACUUUUUUGAGGACAAGACUGAUCAUGUUUUACCCAGAAUUUCUCAUAAAUUUGACAAACUUUUCAUAUUGAAUUACUUUGCUUUAAUGUGAGCAGGUGUGACUCUUAAAUGCUUAGUAUCAGCACAGAUUUUGCGACUGUGCUGAACUAUUGCGGCAUUCUCUUUUUUUUCCCCCAUAAGUUUGGACUUUAAAUCCUGAUGGUGCUGCCUACUGUAGACAGGACAGUACAUAGUACACUGGUUCAAUCCCCCCCCCCCCCCCCCCCCCCCCCACAUACCUAUUUUGUUUGUGCUAUAUCAUUUGUAGUCCAGUAUUGUAGCAACAUAUUAACUGGAUAAAAAGUAUGUAUUGGUUGGAGCUCCUUAGGUACUGUAGUUUAGUUCUGUAUUUUACAGAAGUGAAACUGCACUGGAAAAACCUAAAAAUAUAUUUUAUGAGUCUUAGGGUAAAGACACUGAUUAAUCACUUAAUGUAGAAAUCAUUCCUUUACAACCUACAUGUCCUUCUUACAACAACCAACUGGACAUCCACACAAUACUUCUGAAUAGACAGGUUGCACUUGAAUUUUUGAGCCCUAACAUUUUAGCUGUGAUAAUGUUUAUUAAAUGCAUUCCUUUUCAGAAAAAUUGAAUUCCCAUUAAAAUUGUUAUGCAGUUUGCACUGACCUGCAAUGUUUUAAAGUGAAUUUCAAUGUCCACGAAGACUACAAGUUCAAACCAUAUUUUGGAUAAACUGAAGAACUGCACUCUUUGGUCCGGUAUAAUCCUGUAUUUUUCACUCUGCUCACCUGUCUCAAUUUCUGUUUACCUGUGAAGGGCUGCAAUACAGGCUUAUUUUAUCAUUGGGUUUUCAGUUGAUUUCACCUAGUCCAUGCCCCAGAUUAGUGGGAACAGUAUUCUUCCUAUAUUGAGCAUUUGUGUGAGGUGAUUGAGGGGCAAAAGAAGGCACUGGAAUUGUGUAAUCCAACCAAAUUCAGUUCAGCAGAGAAGGGAUUGAAGCAUAAUAGAUUGUCUUAGUCCACUUUAAUCCAAAGCAAUAAAUAGUGUUUUGUGCAGGCCA